AUCAAAACUACACACCCUCAGCCGAGCGGGAUAUUUCAUCAGCGACCACGGAAACAGCGUCUUUAAACACCAACAGCCAGAAGAUAUUAAAGGGCCUAAUCUGCUGCUGCGAAGCGCAGAAACCGCUGAUCUGCCACUUCCUGUUUCGUGUGCUUGAGGGACUCCUUCAUAAAUCACAACAACGACAUUCAAUUAAUUAUUGUAUGCACCACGUAACGUGCGUGUAAACCUAUCUGGUAAUAAACCUGUUUCUGAUUCUUAUUCUCAAGGACCAAUAAUAAGCAAGUACUUGGUUAACCUACCCAUCUGCUCGAGUACUUCUACCCACAGACCAGUCGCACGUGUUCUGUUUGGGGUGUGUCAAUCACACACACCCACACUCGAAGAAUUUAAAACACACAGCCCGGUCCAGCCCCCCCCCCACAGUCACAGCAAAUAUGGCCCACAAGCUGGCCACCUUUGGCAAAGUCUUACUGCGUCGCCGGGCGUUGGACUUCUCCGGGGAGGAGACCCGAUUCGCCCGCUGCCUGUCCACCCUCGACCUCAUCGCCCUGGGGGUCGGCUCCACCCUCGGCGCUGGGGUCUACGUCCUCGCUGGUGAGGUCGCCCGAGAAAAGGCCGGACCCGCCAUCGUCCUCUGCUUCCUCAUCGCCGCUCUGUCCUCCAUGUUGGCCGGCCUGUGCUACGCUGAGUUCGGCGCCCGUGUCCCCAAAACAGGCUCGGCGUACCUUUACAGCUACGUGACAGUGGGAGAAAUCUGGGCCUUCAUCACAGGCUGGAACCUCAUCCUCUCCUAUGUGAUAGGUACGGCCAGUGUGGCCAGGGCGUGGAGCUCAACAUUCGAUAGCUUGGUUGAGCAAAAGAUCUCUGGCUUCUUUAAAGCUUCAAUGACAAUGAAGGUGCCAGGAAAUGUGCUGGCUGAAUACCCGGACCUGUUCGCCCUCAUCCUGGUCCUGCUGCUCUCUGGACUUCUGGCCUUCGGUGUGAACGAGUCUGCUUUGGUGAAUAAGAUCUUCACGGGCGUCAAUCUGGUGGUCCUGGGCUUCGUUAUCAUCUCCGGCUUUGUGAAGGGGGACUCGGCCAACUGGAACCUGACGGAGGAAGACUACGUCAGCUACAUAAACAGCUCCAACAGCACUAAAACUCUCAAAGUUGAUGAGGAGUUUGGCGUAGGCGGCUUUGCUCCGUUCGGCCUGACUGGAGUCCUGUCUGGUGCCGCCACCUGCUUCUACGCCUUUGUGGGCUUCGACUGCAUCGCAACAACUAGCGAAGAGGCAAAGAACCCGAUGCGCUCCAUCCCUGUCGGCAUCGUGGCCUCGCUGCUGAUCUGUUUCUUCGCUUACUUCGGUGUGUCCGCCGCUCUCACGCUCAUGAUGCCGUACUAUGAGCUGAACAGGCAGAGCCCCCUGCCCGAGGCCUUCAGCUACGUGGGCUGGUCCCCCGCCAGAUACAUCGUGGCUGUGGGCUCCCUCUGCGCUCUGUCCACCAGUCUGCUAGGCUCCAUGUUCCCGAUGCCCCGUGUUAUCUACGCCAUGGCGGAGGACGGCCUGCUGUUCCGUAUUCUAUCCAGGAUCAACGAGCGCACCAAGACUCCUCUCCUGGCUACCAUCGCUUCUGGCGUUGUGGCAGGUCUGAUGCCUUCCUGUUCGACCUGGCAGCAGCUGGUGGACCUCAAUGGGUGUAUCGGAACUCGUGUUGGGUACUCUUGGGCAUCUGCUGUCCUCAUCCUCAGGUACCAGCCCGGCAGACUGAAUUCCUCCAGCCAGACGGAGAAGCUGGUGGAGAUGGUGGAAGGGGAGAAGGUGGCCGUGAGCGGAGGAGACAGCGGUGACGAGUACGGCAUGGAGACGGAGGAGAAACCGCUUCGGGAGACUUUAACCAUCAAGCUGCUGUUCUGCCCGAGUGGAAAGGUCCCAACGCAGACGUCCGGGAACAUUGUCUACGCCACCACCGCUAUCAUCUCCGUUUUUAUCACUGUCCUCUGCGUUAUCUUGGCUAACUGUCUCAGAGAGCUGCUGGCGGGACAUGCAGGCGUCGUGGUGCCGUGUGUCAUCCUGACUUUACUCUGCGUCGUCUGUGUCAUCAUCAUCUGGAGGCAGCCGGAGAGCAAAGAGGCUCUCACCUUCAAGGUCCCUCUGCUGCCCUGGUUGCCCCUGUUCAGCGUUUUCGUCAACAUCUACCUCAUGAUGCAGCUGGACCGAGGAACAUGGUGCCGCUUUGCCGUCUGGAUGCUUAUCGGUUUCGCUAUCUACUUCCUAUACGGUAUUAAGAACAGCAGUGAAGCAGCCAGGCGGAAGUCCCCACGCAAAUACGCGCCCGCGCUGCAGACCAAGAGCCCGAUCUACAAGGGCGCCCCCGACAACAGCGACGUGGAGGGAGGCAGCAGCCCCUGAUGCCCACUGCCGUAGACCUGGGGGGUGUUGCCAGAGCAACUACACACGUUUUGGCAGCGAGGUUGAACUGGCGGCCAAAUGCUGCGAUGUAGGCGGCCUGGAGCGCAGCCCUGGGUUUAAAGGGAGGAGAGGCAAGAGAGCGCCACACACACACAUCUUACCUCUGACUCCGAGGCUGAUUAACUUGAUGGCUAGACACUGUGACAGGCCACUCUCUGGCCCAUGUGUCCGUUUAAUCUGUCUAUUCGUACUUAGCCUUAGCCCUCCGGGAGAUAUUUACCUGCCUAUAACAUGCUUUCGAUGGACCUAACUAACAAAGUGUACUGCGGCGCACCUGAGGCCGUUAACUGGAACAAUGUUAAAAUGUAACUGUUCCCGUCUUCACCACCUCUCCGUUACCGGUGCGCUGUAGAUCCACCGGCUAGAGAGUAGUAUUAUGAGUUGAGCUAGUGAAGGUCCAAUGGUCAAGACACGUGGAUCAGUGAGUCUCACCCCCACAAUGUGCGAGAGCCUUUAGUAGAGAUAGUUUCUAGUUUAUUGGUCCUUUGUUCAUUGCAGCAGCCUGGUUGUUUGUGUGUAAACAAGCCGGCACUGAGUCUGUGCUUUACAGCAUCAGUGUGUUCGAUGUCAUCACACUGUACGGUUCAGUGUCCGAGGCUGAAGUCCACGCUUUACAGAGCCCCCCCCUCCCGCUCCCAGAGAACAGCCAGACAGCUUCUGUACACGGGACCUUUUUUAAGUCAUAUUAAAUUAGUUGCAUAUCGUUAACUAUCUGUUUCCUAUAGACUGUAUUGAAAUGGUAUUUUAUGGCUUUCAUUUUAACAUGAUCCAGAAAACAAAAUGUUUUUUAACUGCCCAAUGGGCAACAAACUUCUUUCUACCCUUUACAGGGCCAUGAACUUGAUUUGAACAAAAAACUGCAAAGCAAGAGUCACAUCAUUAAACCUCUGCUCUGCUUUCUGAUAGGGAAAACCCCAUCCAUCUCCAAAACAUGCUUUCAUACACUUAUUUGCCAAUAUUUGGUUUGAUAUGGGCAUGUACAUAUCUAUGAAUUUCAAAUAAUCUAAUUAGCAAAUUCCAGAUUUCCUUUACAUAUGUGUUUCAUGUCAUUCGCAUGGCUGCACCCAGAUAUUUCUGCAGAUCUGGGGAGGGUUGAUCAGAUUUGCACUUAAUGAGGUCAUUAAUCGCAUCACAUUUAAAAUAUUAUAAUCUGUCCACCUCUGGCUGAUCUGGGAGCCGGGGAUUGUUUCUGAAUGAGGGGUCUCUCUUUUUCAUCACCACUAAAAUAUCGCAUUCACCUUUUUUACUUGUGAAAAGACGCACAACGGUUCUUGUUUAGUUUCAAGCCAAACUAAGGAAGAAUUAGAGAGUUUCCAUCACUUUCAUUUUAUUCAUCCGUAUUUUAUGUGUACUACUUUAUUAACUUCUACUGAUAGAUCUGUUAAUAUUCAAAUGUUUAUAGUAUUGUUUGUUUGGGAUAGCUUUUCUUCAAUCUCAAUCAACUGGAUAUGAUUUUUAGGUGUUAAAGGGCCCAUGUCAUGCUUUUCCGGUUAUUACCCGUCCCCUUGUGUGUUAUGAAGGUUUUUAU